UCACGUGACGGCGGUGUGUGUAGGCGUCUCCUCCCACCAGUGACGCUGCUGUAGCGGCGCUUCCGGGCGGGUGUCGAUGCUGCAGUUGAGGGAUUCGGGGGUCGGGUGGUGACACUGUGGGGGGUUGAUGUUUCAGUGAAGGAUGUGGCUCCGCCUAUUGAGGUCCUCGGGCUGUAGGUUCCGCCCCCAGCAGCGCGUCACAGUUUCUCCUGUCCCUCACAGACUCCUCCUUCUCCGGGCUCGUUGGGCGGCUGCGCUGGACUCGCCGGUGUGUGGAGAAGGGGCGGGGUCGGUAAGGAGGUCCCAGGAGAGGGCGGAGCAGGGAAAUGAGAGGCGUGGCUACAGUGUGAGUGACAGAAUGAAGUCUCAGGUGAGCAGUGAGAGGCAGGAGUUCUCCUCAUACUUUGAGCAGAUAGUUGAGGACUUGGCAGCCGAGGACUCGGGGCACCCAGAGGUGGGAGAUGCCAUUGGCCGACUAAAGGAGGUGCUGCAGUACAACACCCCGGGGGGCAAGUGCAAUCGGGGGGUGACCGUGUUGGCUUCAUACAGGGAGUUGCUGGGCCCAGAGCUGCACAAAGAUGGCAACCUACAGAGAGCGCUGGCAGUGGGCUGGUGUGUGGAGCUGCUUCAAGCCUUCUUCCUGGUGGCUGAUGACAUCAUGGAUAACUCGGUGACACGCCGGGGGCAGCCAUGUUGGUACAGAAAGGAGGGCAUCGGAUUGGAUGCUGUGAAUGACUCGUUCCUGCUGGAGGCGUGUAUAUACCGAAUCCUGCGCAAGUACUGCCGGGGGAAGCCCUACUACCUGAGCCUGCUGGAGCUCUUCCUGGAGACCUCCUAUCAGACGGAGCUGGGCCAGGCCCUGGAUCUCAUCACUGCGCAGCCUGGGAAGGUAGAUUUAAACAGAUACACAGAGAAGAGGUAUAAAGCAAUUGUCAAAUACAAGACGGCUUUUUAUUCCUUCUACCUCCCCGUCGCUGCAGCCAUGUACAUGGCUGGAAUAGACGGAGAGGAGGAGCAUAAGAAUGCUAAGACCAUCCUGCUGGAGAUGGGCGAGUUCUUCCAGAUUCAGGAUGAUUAUCUGGACUGUUAUGGAGACCCCAGUGUGACGGGCAAGAUUGGCACCGACAUUCAGGACAAUAAGUGUGGCUGGCUAGUGGUGGAGGCACUGAAGAGAGUCAGCCCUGAGCAGCGCCAGGUCCUAGAGGAGAACUACGGGCGGAAUGAGCCGGACAAGGUGCAUCGGGUGAAGCAGUUGUACGACGAGCUGGACAUGGCGGCCGUAUACCAACGCUACGAGGAGGAGAGUUACCAGCGCCUGCAGCUGCUCAUUUCCCAGCAUGCACUCAACCUGUCCCGUGAGAUCUUCCUCUCCCUGGCACACAAGAUCUACAAGAGGCAGAAGUGAGGGAUGCUGGGAUACCUGCUGACUAAAGUGACUGGGCCAACAAGCGCCACUCGGGGAACUGUUUCAUCUUUAUCAGACUUUUACUUAUCCAGCAGAGACCUGUGUACAGACUGGAAGCCUGGCAUUGCACCUCCAACAGGAAUAAAUGACAGUUUACCUCAA